UAUAAUUACAAUAACGUAAUAGAACUGAAGUAUUAAAUUUCCCCAAAAACUUGAAUUACUAUUCAUUAAGAAAAAGAAAAUAGGAGAAAGGGAAGGGCAAAGGGAAUAUGAAAAAGUCAUAUAAAUAUAAACAAUAGAGUCUCAUUUCCAUAUUCGUACGUCGACGACGAAGAUAGUACAAAGAAGAAUAACCAAACCCAGAAGAUAUUUGAAGAUUAAACGUUAAAGUCUCACAAGAACAACAACAAGACCGCAAUUGUUGAAUUUCAAUUUUUCACUUUUUCAAUUGUUGAUCAUAUUUAAUUGCAAUUCUUCAUCUCCGACCUCCAUUAAUUCUUCGAUUUCGAGCUUGUACUUUCUCUGCAAUCAAUCAAUCAACCAGUCGAUUGUUCAAUCGAAUUGUUGCGGGAUUCGUGUUGUUUUGUCGAAAUGAAGACCUCGUGGAAGAAAUUGAUCAAUCAUCAUACAAAACAGAAUAGCAAGGACAGGAAAAUUCAGCCUCUUGCUCAAUUAGACGAGCUUGCUAAAGCUUCUGAGGCAAUGGAAGACAUGAAAGACUGCUACGAUAGCUUGCUCUCUGCUGCAGCAGCAGCAACAAAUAGUGCAUAUGAAUUUUCUGAAUCGUUACGGGAGAUGGGUGUUUGUCUUCUUCAGAAAAUUGCAUUGAAUGAUGAUGAAGAAAGUGGUAAAGUAAUGCUGAAGCUUGGUAAAGUGCAGUUUGAACUUCAAAAGCUUGUUGAUAGCUAUCGUAAUCAUAUUUGUCAGACGAUCACUGUUCCAUCCGAGUCUCUUAUAAAAGAGCUUCACACUGUGGAGGAAAUGAAGCUUCAAUGUGACGAGAAAAGGGAAUUAUACGAGUACAUGAAAACAAAAUAUAGGGAAAAGGGAAGAUCUAAGAGUGGGAAGGGUGAGAUCUUCUCGCUGCAGCAACUAAAAGACGCCAAAACUGAAUUUGAUGAAGAAGCUACGUUAUUUGUCUUCCGUUUAAAGUCUUUAAAACAAGGCCUACCCACAAGCCUUCUUACUCAGGCUGCACGCCAUCAUGCUGCUCAGCUGUCUUUCUUGCGGAAGGCUGUUAAAACUCUUGAGGCUGUUGAACCACAUGUGAAUUUGGUGACUCAACAGCAACAUAUAGCUUACCCCUUCAUUGGCCGUGAAGAUGAGGAGUCAGAAGAUGCUGAAGAUGAUGAUUGUAGUGAAGAGGAUGACUACAGCAGUGCCUCUAGUGGGGAAUAUGAAGAAGAAUUGAGAUAUGAUUAUCAACAUAAUAAUAGGCAGCUCAGUUUUGUUUCAGCUCCAAAAAACACCUUAGAGGUAAAUUUGAAAAACUACAAUAGGGAUUCUCUUAUAAGAGAACAGAAGAUGCUCAGCCAAUCUGCCCCACUGAUUCCUCAGCGGAAACUUGAACCAGCUGAAAGGAUUGGACAAUUGCGGCCAUCAUCAUCGAGAAAGUUCUAUUCGUAUGUUUUGCCUAAACCAGGUGAUAAGAGUGCAAUUUCUGCUGGUGCUCUAGUUUCACAGACCAAGUCAAACCCUUUGCCGACUAAAAAUUUAUAUCAUUCAUCCCCGCUGGUAUCAAACAAUUUUGAAAAGCUUGUAGGAACUAAAACUUUGUCUGGGCCUAUUACCUUAAACUCAAAAUCAAUAUUGAAAGAAAGCAAUAAUAACAGAAUGCCCCCACCUUUAACCGAGAAUUUUUCAGUUCAAAAGUGUAAACCUCAGACCUUAUCUAGUUGCAAAAGUCUCAAAUUACAAUCCUAUUCUGGUCCUUUAACUAGCAAGCCUUUCUCAACUAAGCCUUCAUUAUCAGCUGGUCAUCCUGUAAUUUCCAGCAUUCCAAAAUUUUCCUCUGGACCCAUUUUGAGGGGUUCAGUAACUAGAUCAUCGUCUCCGACUGCUUCACCAACCUUUACUUCUCCAAAAAUAAGUGAGCUUCAUGAGCUCCCUAGACCUCCAACACACUAUGGUUCUGGAAAAUCUUCAGGCACCAUCGGAUUUUCUGCACCACUGGCGUCAAAAAGUUCAGAGGAUGUCACUACUAUUAAAUCAUAUGUGCCUAAGAUAGCAUCUCGACUACCCGCUCCUCCUCAAGUUGGUUACUUCUCCAUGCCCUUGAGUGUUUCCGCGACUGCAACAAAAUCACCCUCUUCCAGGCCUUCGGAAACUUCCCCUGAUUCAGAGAAGUCAGCAGAUAUGUUUUCUCCUCCUUGGACACCAAUAAUGUCAGCAAAUCAGAAUCCAACAAAAAGCUGAUUUGGACUAUCAUGUAGGCUUCUCCUAAUAGAGAUCUAUUGUGUAUUUUACACUUCCUACACGGCCAUCUGAUACAGGCCAAAUGGCUUGUAUAUUCUAUAGAAGAUCACAGGAACAAUCCCCUGUACAGAAUUUACUUGUUCGUGUGACCAUAUAAAUUUUUCAUACAAGUUCAGCUACAUCGUCGAAACGACUUAUAUUGUUUUAUGAGCAUUGGUUACGCAGGCGUAAAACAUUGGUAAUUAUCUGCUCUUCUAUGUUUACUACUCCUAUUAUGAUAAGGAGAGUACCAUUGGUAGGAAAUGUGCAGAAAGUUUGCCUUCUGGUACUUGCAGAAUUUAGGUAUCUGUACAUGUUUACAGAAAUUUGUUAAAAGUUUUUAGAUUCUUUAAAAUUUAUACUAGGCGUAUUUCUUUGUAAUAGGGCGUCCAUUCUUUUAUGGAAAUUUUGUAGAGAAUAUUGCUUGUGAAGUAUGAUAAAAGUGUUUCACUAUGAAGUAUAAAAAGUAUCACUGUUACAAAUUUUA